UCUUUUGUUUUCUAUCGGCAUGCAGCUAGCUGAGAUUAUGUGUAAACAGGCAAUACAGCGUUUGCAGGAUUACAGACAUAUGUAUGAUUAUGAGAAACGUCUUAGUACGUUUUCAGAUUGGCCCUUCACUGAAAACUGUAAUUGUACACCUGAAAAUAUGGCCAAAGCUGGGUUUAUACACCGCCCAUCUGAAAAUGAACCUGACGUGGUCUGCUGCUUUUUCUGUCUGACAGAGCUGGAAGGCUGGGAGCCAGAUGACAAUCCCUGGACAGAGCACAUCAAACGUUCUUCGACCUGUGGCUUCCUCAACCUUUCAGGCAGUGUAAAUGAUCUAACCGUGGAAGCCUUUCUACGUUUGGAGGCUGACCGGAUCAAAUGUUUCUAUCGUGUAUUUUCUACUCUGGUCCUUAAUUCUGUUGACGAGGCACGGAAGGCUACUACUAAACGUCUUCUGGAGUACUUUUCUAAUCAGCAUCACUGCUCCAUAGAUCUGGACAGCGAGCUUUGAAUUCGAUAUCAAGGCCAAAAAUGAGAUGCAGUCUUCUGUUGUCAU